GUGAAUCCAGAUCAAAUCCUGCAAAAUGAAAUCAAGGCAAGUCGUAAUGUUGCUAUCAUUUGACCCAAACGUCAUCAUCGUGAUUGUCACCAUCAUCAUAAGCUUCAACUCCUACGCCAUCAUCAUCAUCAUCAUCAUCAUCAUCGUCGUCGUCGUUGUCGUUGUCGUUGUCGUUGUCGUUGUCGUUUCCCCUUGUCCUCCUUCUCCUCUUUAUCAUCGCUGGUACAUGUAAUUAUGAACCGAAGCCGUCGUGUAGUCCCAGAGUUCAAUUGAACUCUUUCAGUUUUCCCCUUUCUUAUGCAUGACAUCAAUACUAUCGUAAACAACAACAACAACAACAACAACAACAACUUAAUCACCAUGGUCUCAGGAUCAUCACAAUAAUUUAUACACAUCAUAAAAAUCUCUUUAAAAAUCUGGAUCAAAUUUUGGGUGGGCGUCAAUCAACUUUGUGGUUUGAGAAGAUCUCGGUAGCAUGCUGAGGUUGAUGAAAAAUUUAACGUCUAACAACAUUUACCAUCCAUCUGUUGUACUUUGAUAGUUCAACACCUUUCAACUACAAGAUGAAUUCUCCGCUGGAUGCAAUGUUUCAGUUGAUCCCAAGGGACUCGCACAGCCUGGUCACGUGCAUGUAUCCCACGUGAUUGUAACACUAACAUGCAGUAGGCAUCAUGACAACUGCACAGAUCCCAACUCAGGAGAAAUGCUGGAGAGGGCCACAGAAACUAAUUAUAGGUCAUUCUUCUUCUAUGUGUUA